AUGACUGACACUCCGAGAUCCGAGACCCAGACGAGGUUCAGCACCCCGGUGUCUGACCUCGACGACCACCGCCACCAGCCUGCAUCUCUUCCACGAGCCGAUGCUUCGUCGCCUCCUCGCUCGCGCCGACCAACUUUCGCAAGCGUCCAGGGCCAAGACCGACCCAACAUACUUCUUCAAGUCAACGAAGCCCUUGAGGCAGACAUUACUCGACGCGAUUUCGAAAGCGCCGUAGUCGAUGACGACCAACACUUGGCUCCCGACGCCUACAUUCGCCGCGGCUCUCUAGCACACAGCCCUCAAGCCCGUCGAGAGACAUUCAGGCGUCCGCGCGACCCGGCAAUCGAGCGCCUGACUAGGAGCAGGGCUUCUUCGACGACUUCGCGGUCCGUCUCUCCUCCCAACUCUGUCGACGCAUUCGCUGGUCCUCGGCGCCGCGACCGUGCCAACACUCUCCAGAGCCACGCAGGUUCCGAGCUUGAGCUUGGAUUGAACCGGACGCUUUCUCGUGGCACCGCGCGCCGACCAACCCUUAGCGACGAGCGCCCUGAUCUGCCAAACGACAUCGAAGUCGCGUCUGCGCACAGUUCAGCACAAGAAGAUGUCUGCUUCCCUGUAUCCGAGGAUACAGGCAAGACUACCAGAUUCGACUACGAAGAGCUGGAGGAAUUUGUUGCAGAGGCUCACGACAAGACACCUAUUGGCCAGCCUCUCCGUCACAAAGCGAGCGCAGCGUCUAAUCUUUCUGCAAAGCCCAAGGUCUUCUCCGACCUUCGCCCCAAGUCAAGCCAGUCAGGAACACCCAAGACCGACAGCGACGUCUUGAGUCUGAAGAAUGCAGACCCUGCGGUUCAAGAGAAGCUUGCCGAAGAAGGUCUCUCCCACGUUUUCGCAGAGAAGCAAACUCCGGAAGUAAAGACGAACCGCUGGACGUUCUUCUCGUCCGAAUUGGACGACACGAUUCAUGCUGCCGAACUGGGCGGACUACUUAUGCCUGGCGAACGCUUCCGUGAUCUGUUUGACACACCAUCAGACGGCGGCGUCUGGUGGCUCGAUAUGGUCAACCCCACAGAAGAGGAAGUGUUUGCCAUUUCCAAGGCUUUCGGAGUGCAUCCUCUCACUCGCGAGGAUAUUUGCAUUCAAGAGCCGCGUGAGAAGGUAGAGCUGUUUCACCAAUACUACUUUGUCUCGUUCCGCUCUUUCUUCCAAGCCGACAAGGAGUCGGAGGAAUAUCUGGAGCCCGUUAACUUCUAUGCUGUCGUCUUCAAGGAGGGUAUCCUGACAUUCACCUUCUGCGAAAGCCCGCACACGCUCAACGUGCGCAAGCGUAUCAGCCGUCUUCGCGACUACAUCAAUUUGAAUGCCGACUGGAUCUGCUACGCCCUUAUUGACGACAUUGUCGAUAGCUUUGCACCUGUCAUUCGAGGCAUCGAAGAUGAAGCUGAUGCAAUUGAGGACCAAGUCUUCACUGCACGCAUUGAAGACUCACGCGCCAUUCUUCGAUCGAUUGGCGACUGCCGCAAGCGUGUCAUGCAGCUCCUGCGUCUCUUGGGUGGCAAGGCAGAUGUCAUCAAGGGCUUCGCCAAACGUUGCAACGAGUCGUACAGCGUUGCUCCUCGGGGUGACGUGGGCAUGUACCUCAGCGAUAUCCAGGACCACGUCGUCACUAUGAUGUCCAACUUGGCUCACUUCGAGAAGAUGCUCAGCCGCGCGCACUCCAACUACCUCGCGCAAAUCUCCGUUGACCAAGUCAUCCAAGGAAAUGACAGUAACGCUACACUUCAGAAGGUUACGGUCAUUGCCACAAUCCUUGUUCCGCUCAACUUAAUCUGCGGUCUCUUUGGUAUGAACGUCAAGGUUCCGGGUCAGGACGGCAGCCUUGCGUGGUUCUUUGGCAUUAUCGGUGUCAUCUGCCUCUUUGUUUCGGUCUGCUUGGGAGUUGCGAAGAAGAUGCGUUACAUCUGA